GAGUUAGAGACCGGUACAACACAGAGGUCCAUUCUGAAUUCCACAAUCGUAGUCCUGAACUUGCAUUUGUGAUAACGCGCUCCCGGAAAUGUCGCAAUCACCAUCACAGGACACUAAUGCGAAUAAUAGCACGAGCCGGGAACCUAAUGAAAGUUACGAUCUUCACGAACUAAGCCAACAAUUUGAACAGCGUCUUCGAGAAAAUGAUCUAGAAAAAGCAAAGCAAAUCUUAGCCGAUGCCACGGUGAAAGCUCCUCACCAUUUUGUUGUACAGUUUUGGACUCACAGACUUGCACUGUGUGAGAAUAACAUGACAAAAGCUGUUCAGUUGUUCGUUGAGCUGCACUCGGAGAGUAUGCAAAAUGAAGCUUUUCAAUCAUAUGUUGUUGAGAUCGCUGGUCAUGUCGGUGCUGAGUCGGACCAUAACUUGACCAAGUUAUUCGCGCAACUAUCGCCAUUAUACCAGAGAGCUGUCCUUGAUUACGCGGCCGACCAUUAUCGGCAGGAUGGCGAUACCUAUCGGGCAUGUUGCGUAUUGGUCAAUUAUGUUCAUAGCUACCCAAAGUUAUCUGUGCAAUAUCUGCUGCCAGUGGCAAGAUCACUUAUACAAUGCGAAGAAAGCCAGUCCUUAGUCCUAUCACCUGAUAAUAAGUAUCGAAGCAAAUUUGUCACCGAGCUUUUGCCUCAUCUCUACAAAUAUACCGUUUGUUUUUCUGGAAGGGAAAGUGAUGCUAGCAUUGAUACCGUUGAAGGAAAAAGUAUCAUUACCAUGCCUUAUGACGAAUAUGCAAAGUUCUUACGGCUGGGCCAAGCGUACUACAUCCACCUCAGAGAUUGGAAUAAACUCUCAGAUUUUUCCACGAGCAUGCUGCAAUGCUGCGGAUACCUUGGGAUUCAGAUCUCUUAUAGCGAGUUGAAUACAAGCUACUUUUCUGGUCUUCGGCAAGGAAGAAAAGGUCUUCACAUCGCACAGCGGGCGUCGAAUAAUCGGAAAUUGAACAAGGGGCCAACAUUAUCGCCAGAAGAGGUACGCAUCCACGCUGCGUUUGCAUGCGAGACGUCUAUCCUUGCUGCACAGUUAGCAAAGACUGGGUUUGAGUACUUUAACCAUGUCUGCGUCACUCACGAAAACGCAACCAAUACGGAGGAAAAAUCAUGUCUGAUUCCAAUAUGCAUUCUUCCCGAGAAUAAUUCUGUAACACACGGUGCUCAAAAGAAUGGCGAAACCGAUUCAGCCGAUCAGCAAAGUACUUUAUCUUCCAUGCCGUAUCGGAAUUCUUUGACGGUGGAAAGCCACCCCAUUGAAGCGGAUAAUAUAGACAAAGCUCAGGAAGUCGAAACAGCUUCAAACAAUGGCGACAACGAAAAUGGGGACUCCAGCCAUGCCACAUCGGGAAAACGUAGUCGUCCCUCUUCUGAAACUAAUGGCAAACCUAAUGGCGUAAUGAAACUGUCCAACUUGAUCCACGACUCAACUCCUACAUCGAGCAAACGACAAAAGACUGAGAAGAGUGCUGUACAAAACGAACAUCCCGACUGUCUGAAAGGUGUUCACGAAGCGCUCGACACUUUGAAAAUCGGCCGUGCGUCCUUGGAAUACCUGGAGUCCAUGUGGAACGAACUUUCAGUCAAUAAGAACGUUAUUUUGGCCGAUUGGGAAGAUGAGUUGUCUAAGGUCAUUGAGUUCUUUGAAUUACCGUUCGAUGUAUACAACUCUAUUAUACUCUUGCGAAGUGAUAUUGCUCUGUCAGCGGCUUCGACCCCAGGCAACUUGGCCAAGGCACUAAAGCUUUCUCAGUCGCUGUGUGACCGCAUCGAAACCCAGCGAUCCAAAGAAAAAGCCGCUAUUCUUACAAAUGCUGUGCACGAGCUGGAUAUACCAUUUAUGCUGGCAUUUAGAGUGUUAUAUAACAUUGGAAUCAUUUAUCUUCUUGUUGGAAAUAUCCAGCAAUCUACGCUGGAAAUCGCCAUCAUCCUCUCGGUGUUUCCAAUUACAAGAGGCCUUACCGAAGAAGACUUUGCUCUUGAUGAAGCAAACUGUAACCGAGCUAUCGAUACAUUUGGCCAGCAAGGGUUUGGAUUGAUGCGGUUAACCCAGCAGGCACUGGUAGCACGUUGCAUCAAACAUCUUAUUGUCGGUCAUGACUAUGAAAGCGAACAUCGUGGCGGCAUGGCCUCCUUGGAUGCAGCUAUACGAUGGGACGAAAAAGCAGGCAAUAUUCUUGUUUUAAUGCAGUAUGGCUGGCCGUACUGGAAGGAACGUACCAACUAUUGGACCAAGAUCGUUAAUCGAAUGAAGGAGAAAAAGACGUUUAAGAACCGUUCAUUCUUGGAGUACACGCAUUUACCGGAAAUUCUUCACACAUUGCAGUUCUUACACGAGUCUGGCGCAGUGACGCUAGACAUUAUUCCUCCCGAAUACUCACAAAACUCAUCCUUCCAUCAAUUCUCACCAAGCUCCACACCAUCUUCGUCUGUGCCUUCCUCCCCCGCUCCCACUCAUUCUCCUCCCGCAACCCCACCCCACAGCAACAAUAGCGUCGCCAGCACUUCCUCUGGAUCACACGCCUUGCCAUCACUAUCCUCCUUACCCCUCUACCACGCACCGCCACCACCUCCUCCCAUCUAUCAACCAUCGUCCAUUAACACUAUUUUGCCGAGUAUGUCGAUGUCGCCUUCAUGGUACUCGGCGUCAACGCAGAAGAACUUGCACGCAAAUUGGAUGUCGCCUAGUUUCUAUUACAGUCGACCUGCGACAUCCGUUCUACUCCCAAAACGAGGAGAUUUGCUUCAUAGCUCGCCGUUGUACCGCGGAGACCAGCUGGAGCAGCAUCAACGACGUCAACAGCAGCAGCAGUUCCAGUCAAAGGACUUGGUGUCAAGGUGCAUACAGUACCGACUCCAGAAAUAUUCUCCCAAAGCCACUCCAUCCCGAAUGCGAUUUGUGCUACAAAAGUUUUUGAAAAACAUGGUAGUGCGUGCUAAUUCCGAUACGUAGCUGUGUGGUACUGAAGGUCUCCAUGUAAAUAA